CCAACGAAACGUCAGUGGCAGAUGGCAUGGGUACCAGCGCCGGUGCCUGGCAUGGGUGUCAUUUCUCUGUGAAAGAGAGAGAGGGAGAGAGGGAGAUUAAAGGAAUUCUUACAGCUUCACAUCAAGCACAUGGGAGGCAGCUCUGCGCGACGCGAGGAAUCCGAACAUGCGAGCUGAACACUGAUAGAAACAGGGACGAUGCUAACCGUACCAUUUGAAGACCCAGACAUGAUGCGCGACUCUCAGUUUGGUGCCAGCUUUACCCGCCAAGAUACGCUCAGCAGCGCCGAGCUCAAGGAGACGGAGGACGAAAACACGGACAGAGAAGAGGAGGAGAGAGACGACGAAAACGGUGUCCCUAAGAAGAAAGGUCCGCGUAAAAAGAAAUUCUCCGACGGACACAACGACCGCGUCAAAGUGCGCCGGCAAGAAGCAAACGCGCGCGAGCGCAGCCGCAUGCACGGCCUCAACGACGCGCUCGAGAGCCUGCGCAAAGUCGUGCCGUGCUACUCCAAAACGCAAAAACUCUCGAAAAUCGAGACGCUGAGGCUGGCCAAGAAUUACAUAUGGGCCCUCUCUGAGACUCUGAGCGCGGGAAAGAGACCCGACCUGCUGGCGUUCGUGCAGACCCUGUGUAAGGGCUUGUCGCAGCCCACCACUAACUUGGUCGCCGGUUGCCUGCAGCUGAACGCCAGAAAUUUCCUCACGGACCAAAACGGGGACGUGUCGUUCUCAAGCAGGCCUCAGUACGAUUCUCUGUACCCGUAUCCCAACGCGGAGAUGGCCACGCCCACCGGCCUGAGCUCCGGGCCCCGCGACGGCGUCAAGCCGUUCCGACCGUACAACUAUUACGCGUCCUACGAGUCCUACUACGACAGCGCCUCUCCAGAGAGCAGCAGCCCUCAUUUCGACGGCCAAAUGAGUCCCCCGAUUAAUUACAACGGGAUUUUCUCGCUCAAAAAGCACGAGGACCAAGUCGAGUACAGUAAGAACUGCCAUUACGGGAUGAGAUACUGUAACGUUCCCGGUCGGGGCUCCAUGUACCGCGUUUCCCCAGACAGCCAUUUUCCUUACGACUUGCAUCCCCGCAGCCAAUCGUUCCAGAGCCAGGACGAAUUAAAUACGGGUUUCCAUAAUUAAAAGCGAGCGUAGGGGUUGGAUGCCAGUUACACUAAUCUGUUAAUUAAUUAAUGCUUGUUGCUGAUUGUUUUCUUUUGAUUUCGAUACACGGUUAUUGAGAAGGGGGAGAAGGGAAAAAAAAACACAAUUCUAUUUAUUUCAGAAUGCGUAGACUCUUAAAGGUAAAGGCGCUUUCACGGCGAUGCCACAGAAGAACCUUUUUUUGAGGAACCAGUCGGUCAAAGGUUAUUUAAAGAACUUUUGUGAUGCGCAGAACCUUCUUUCGUCACGAAGAAGCUUUUGUGAAACCAAAAGGUUCCAUUUAGAACAAACGGCAUCACGGAGCUCCUUUAUUUGCAAGAGCGCGUGUUGCUCACGACGCGGGCUGUUACAAUCACUUAAUAAAAGAUGGAAAUCAAAUACUUGUAAUACAACACUCGUCUCACAUCCCGUGCAAACGGGUUUAUUCGUGUGUUACACGAAACACAAAAUCACGAUAGCAAUAAUGGAACUAUGCAACGCAGAAUGACAGAUAUAUUAAUCCGCGCAGACUUGUAAAUAGCCUUAUCGUGUGAAUUUUACUAUUCGUUAGACUUCUGUGUCUUUUGAACUCUAGGUACUCAGCACUCCGAUUCCGCGUAACGUCAACAAUUAAUAAGGAAAGUAUUGUGGAUUUGCCAUGUGAAAUGUUUUUUGUUUCUCCCUUUAUUUGGUUUGUUCUCCGAGGAGCGUCGGGUCUUGUGAACUCGAGGAGCUCGCUUCGAUCAACCUGUCGAAAUAAAUCUUGAAUGUGAC